AUGAAAACGCACUCAUUGUUUCAAUAUAAGGAAUAUUUUUGCAAAAAUGCGCAAUACUUGGCCAAAACCGAUGACGAUGUGGUGAUCGAUAUCGAUCGAUUGGCCAGUUCAUUGGAUCGAUUCCGGGGUGAAAAUUCAAUUUUUGGUAAUGUGUAUGAUGAUUCUGCACCAAUCAGGGAUCCUCGUAAGAAGUGGUACGUUCCGGAAGAGCUAUAUCAAGGCAACAAAUACCCAGUCUAUGUUGGUGGCAUUUUUUAUCUGGUCACAUCUGAUGCAGUUGGUAAAAUCCUGAGGAAUGUUAAUGAAACCUGGCUGAUACCAAUUGAAGACCUACUCUUCACGGGUAUCAUUGCUUCAUUGGCUAAUAUCACAAGAAUUGAUGAGCGACGCUCGUUCGCUUUUGUUGACCAUAAGAGUCUUCCCGGAUAUUGGCCUUGUGAUGCGAACAAUCAACCCUUCUUAAUAGCAGAACAUGAUACGGGUAAAGUGGACGCUGAAACAUUGCUCCAAAAAUACGAUCGUCUAAAGAAGAUAAAAUGCUCGAAAUUGCCAUUUAUGAUAUUUUCAUUAGCUUGUAAAUAUUUGAAUGUUUGCUACUAA